AUGUUGUCUCACUUUGAGGCGCAGCGAAAAAGUGGGCAGGACUUGCCCAUUGACCCGGGCGAGCUUUCCCGCGUGGACUCGGAAAGGUUUCGCAAUCCGCCCGAGUACCCAAGCAGAGCCGGUGUGGAGUGGCUCUUUCAGCGGUACCCGGAGGUGAUCUCGCGGGAGGGGGUGAGAACCGCACGCUUCGUGGAUUGGAUGAGGCCUUCGGCCAUGCCCGACCUCAUGAAAAAGAUCGGCACCCUGAAGGAGCCCUUGGCCAAGGGCGAGAAGGUCUUGCUGCAGAUUGGCAACAGGUUUCCAGCCGAGCGGAUCGACGUGGCCAAAAAGUUUGUGAUGAUCAGCCCGAGUGCAGUGGGGGGCGACGCUGCACCCUUGGGCUGGUGUCUCAAUGGAACCACGGGGGUCUUCGUAUGA